AUGCCUGAGGUUCCAGUUGGGCCGUAUCGGAUCCAGGUUUCAAAACCCAUUGAUUACCGUCUGGUAUGGAAAACCGUCAGCAAGGCCGCACUCGGUGACGCCACGGCUAUUUUAGGGCGCCAAUCCGGCCCUACUGGGUGGCAGAGCAAGGAUGCCCCGUGGCGCCAAGCUGCUAGCUGCAGCCAUCUCCACGACCGUCUCACCCUCCUCGACUCCCGCGUGCUCGAACUUCGCUCCGCCGUCCUCACCAAAGACGGCUACGUCGAGCGACGGAACCGCGAGGACUCGCACGUCCGUCGUGAAUUCGAGGCCCACCGCUCCAACUCCACCCGCAUCGACUUGAAUGUGGUGGCCCUGCGUACCGAUGUCGAUCUACUGAAAGCCGGCGUCUUCCAGCUCAAAUCCUCGGUCGGCCAGUCCGGCAACGAAAUCGUCUUCCUGCGUAGCGAUGUCGACCGCCUCUCCAAGAAUGUCGACCAGAUCCUGUCCGACCUCGAGCAUUUGCAGUCCGACGUCUGCGCCUCUCGCGUCGAGGUCAGCAAGCUGCACGCCACCGUCAGCCAACUGCGGACCGACCUCAUCACCCUGCAGCAUGAGACCUCCCGCCACUUGAAUUCCGUUUUUGACCGGUUUUCCCUGAUCGAGUCUCGCAUGAGGCACUCGGAACGCGUCCGGUUCAACUCUUUAGCUCAUACCACCCACGCCCCCAUCACGUCGGUGCCCGUCGUCGAAGAGGAUGGCACCUUGCAGUGGCCUCAGUAUUUCCCCCGGACCGUCUGGCGGUUCUGGUGUCUCAAGAAACGCAGUCGUCUCGAUCGCUUGGUCCAGUUGGCCGACUUUUACCAGCUCGAAGGGUAUCAAUUCUGGGGUCGAAUGCACCAGACCGAACCUAUGUUCGCCAGUGACAGCGACUCGAGUGAUUCGAGCGAUUGUGCGUCCAACCUGACGCGUGCGGAAGCCGUCCGCAUGUAUCCCGAAGCCGCCCACCAGGCCCUCGCAGCCACCUUGGGUCUAGUGUACUACAAGAUCCGCAACGAGGUCGGUGAGGGCCCCAAUGCCCAUCUCCCCUCGCGGCCGCCCAAGCGUCAGCAGGAGGACGCCGCCUCGAACUCGAGCUCCAAGCACAAGCCCGUCAAGAUGCCCCGGCGUCCCAACCACGUGUCGCCCACCCGGUUGCACCGGUUGGUCACGGGCCCGUCCCUGGAGUGUAAAUCGUUGACCUCGGAGGAAUCCGACAAGCUGGGGUGGAACGCCCACUCGGAAGUGUCGGACGAUGCCAUGAGCAAGAUCCGCGGCCUGGUCUCGGAGGAAGUCGGCACAUUGCUGCGUGCCCUCGAACGGGGACGGAUCCAACUGAAGCCCAGCCGGUCGGAACGGAUGAAUAUGUCGCCCACCGAGUCCCGGCCGGCGCGUCCGGACCACGGUCUGGACGGCGCCCAGGACGACGAGGUGCAGACCUAUCCCAACACCGUUCCGACCGAGAUCGUAUCUCCUUCGUCGGCCCGCACGGAGAGGACGGAAGAGAAUGACCUGCCCGAUACCGCGUCCGAGACGACAAGUGCGUCGGGGUGA